AUGGAAAUGUUAAAAGAGGCAUCAGACACAAAUUCAAAAAACAUACUCCAACACGUGUUGAACCUACAAAUUGACUUUAGCGAAGCACUUUGUAACGCUACACGGCAUACUAUGCAGUCUGCCUUGAAACGGAAGCGGAAUGAGGGGGAGAUUAUCAUAGACGCUGGUAAUAACCCGUUUUAUGUACUUGAACCUGGAAGAGAUUUGAAAAACACAACUAACCAGAACGGGGAAAAUAAGAAAGAGGAUACGUCAUCCGUUAUUCUCAAUUCUAUCAUGGAUGAGGAAAUUAAAAUUGAAGAGAUUACUAUGACAUCGGCUGCUUAUUCGAAUAAUAGUGAUAACGAACUUACUUUCGGAGCUGAUGAUCUAAACGUAUUUACGAAUCGGCAAGACGAUAGAAAAUGGAAGCUUGGUACGGGGCGUUACGUUGAAGACGUUUUGUACAAUCUGGGGGGAGAAUGCAACUAUCACAGUCUCGUAAAUUCUUUUAUUAUUGACCCCGAGGACAAAUUUGUGCAAUCCGGAUUCACUAUGGGCGAGCUACGAGAGAUCCGCGAAGCAGAGUUUAUGCAAGAAUUACCGCAACUAGAUGAUGACCUACUCCAGUAUAUUGACACCUUUGCAAAA